AUGGAGGGCGAGUCAGCUCAGGCGAACUGGUGGGGAGCUCCACUCGGUACUGUCUCUCGUCGCUCCGGUCCCGAUACCAAUGGCGAGUCGUGUACAGUUCGGUACAUAACGCGUCCACGACGAAAGUGGAGACGAGGCAGGGCUAUAAAUACCGACAAAGUUCGGGCGGACGAUCGCGAGCGAAAGGAGCGGCCAGCAGUUUUCCAAGUGCCGUCGAACAGACCGGACGACGACGACGAGGACGACGACGAGGGCGACGACCGAAGGGCGGAACGAACUGAACCACGUGGCACCUGA